UUGUUGCUCGAUCUACGCUCUACGCCAGCCAGUUUCAGUCUCGUGUCAGCAGGAACAAGUUGCUCGCAGUCAUGCUCGUGAGUUAUUCUGUUGAUACCAAGUGUGCGGUUCAUGCUUUUGCAUGAUUGCCGAUUUCUUCUUGACAAAUCUGUCAAUAAAUAAAUAAUAAUAAGUGAAUAAUUUAUUUCUUCAUAUUGUAAAAUUUAUCAGGGUAUUUUAAUUACUUACCCUAAGUACAUUUUAAGAAUAUAAGUUGAGUGAUUUGAUUGAAGUUUAAUUAAUAAAGAUCUAGAUUCUUCAAAUUGGAUACAGUUCAAGGACUCUAACACUGCUCACUAGAAAAAAGCUUAUUAGCUGUGAUACUUUUCUAUAAAAACAGUUUGUUAUUUAUCAGUUUAUUAAUUGACUGAUUAGUGACAGAAUGGAGUGAUGAUUAUUUGUAACAAUUGAAUUGAACUUAAUCAUCAUCAUCAUCUUGGUCAUCAAUAAAAAAGGAGUUUUUAAUAUAAAGUGUGUCAAUUAAUGAAGAUCUGUGAAUAAUAAAACCAUGAUGCACAUAAUUUUUUUGUCAUCAAUCCUGAUCGCUAUUUUAGCCGCGAAUUCUUCUGCGGCACCAACACAUGGGCAUGCGAUCGUUCCCGCGGCUGAUCAAUGCGAUUGGACUGGAAGUGGUGGCGGCGGUCGAGGAGUGCGCCCAGUUUACCUGAGAUGUUCCAGAGGCACGGUGUCGUGGCGCUACCCACGAGGAGCCUUAAGAGUAGUGCUGUCCGGAGGAAGUGACGGCAGAAGUUUCCGAGGAUGCGUGAAAGCGUCAGGUCCCGCACGAGUUUACCUCGAGGGCAAGGGCACUCUCCGGUUGGUUUAUGCUCCCGGUGACGGAAAACACGAAGCGCUGCAUCGGUGCUUCCAUUCCCGCGGACAAUUGGCCGCGCUCUACGUGGAGGCCGACGAAACGACGCCGACCCGUGGAACUGUCAAGCUGAGGUAUGACUUGGAGCUGGAGCACGUUGACACCGAGGGGAAAAAAAUUAGGAGGGACGAGGAAACAGAGUGCAGGCCUUGCACUAAGGAAGAGCUCGCUGAAACCUACUGCAAAAGUGAUCUUGUUGCUCGUGGGACUGUCAGCGCGGUUGAAAAGAGGCCGGAUCUCAAUGCUGCGGAGAUUAUUCUUCGGGUGACCAAAACACUGAGACGCGUUGAAGAAACUGAGGACAAUGAAAUAGACUCAGGUGACCUUCGUCUUCAGCGAGAAGUCAGAGUGAGACUCCCAACAGCUUGCGAUGCGCGACAUGGACAGGGAGAAUUUGUGAUAAUGGCCAAAAAGAGACUUGGUGAUCUCACCCUGGCCUGUGCCCCCAGACUCGAAGCCUGGGCAGAAGCUGUUCGUGAACUCCAAAGUGCUCCUUGUUUUCUCAAAAGCUGAAAAAAAAGAAAAAAAGACAAUUGAUUUAUUCUUAAGAGAAUAUUUAAAAUUAUUGUUUUAUAAACCUGUAAAGAGAGUGUAAAUAAUUAUAUAUUAUUAUUUUUUGUUGAGUGUACAUAUUAGAGUACCUUGAGAAUAAGUUGUCGAUCUCCAAACUGUGAUAUUGAUUUGUAAGAAGAGUUUUAAGAGAUGGAAUUAUGAUCGUAUAUACAUAUACAUAUGCUUGUAUAAUAAAGAGAAAAUUUAAUGUUUAAUUAAUUUAA